UGACGUUAGGGGAAGAAAGGCCUUUUGGUGUUGCUCCGCUCUUCCUCCGGUUGACGGGUCGUCGAACAGCGUGCCAGUCGACCCGCUCUUGCCUUCGGGACCUGCCAACUACCGUCCGGCGCGCACCAGUUUGUGGGCGAAGCAAGCAGCUGUCGGGACCUUCUGUGAGAGACUGCAACGUGCCGUUUGGGGAAGCAGCCGAGUUAUGGUGACGCCUUCGGUUCUUGGUGCGGCCGCUGCGGUGGGACUGGCGCUACUUAUCAUUGUGUCCGUCGUCUUCUACCGGUUCUACUCUCGCAGUCAGAAGCUUUCGCUUUUGACGUCAUUUCCGGGAACUGCUGGGGCCGCUGGAGUUUGCCCCGACGGACGGAAGCAACGGCUACUGGUGGUCGGUGAGGCGCAGUCCUCCAUGGCCCAGCAACAGAACUUCGCCAUCUUCCGCGAGCAGCCCAGGAGAGGCGAGUCGGUGACUGCGGGGCCGGCACCCCCGACGGUGGCCACGAGCACGGCGCCUGCGACGGGUACGACUUCGGCCGAGCCGUGCGUGUGCGUGCGGCUCUCACUGCCGGACGUGCACCUGCCCGACGAGAAGGUGUCCCCGUCGCACUCGUCCUACUCGCUGCCCUCGAUGAGGCGCCGCUCGCCGGUCGUGUCGCGGGCCAAGUCCGUGGACGCCCGCGCCAUGCCCUUCAUGCACCGGCUGUCCAUCUCGGGCCGCGCCGACAGCCAGGACACCGUGAGGCCCGCGCUGGCCCCGCUGUCGCCCAAGCUGCGCACGCCGUCGCCCGAGUGCCCGUCGUCGUCCAACCUGCUCGAGAGGCCCGUGUCGCCGGCGCCCCCGACGUCUCCGCGGCCCCGCUCGCUGUCUCCGCUCCUGUCGCCCGCCUACACCUCCAACUCGGACCCCGGAGCCGCCAGCCCGAUAGGCAACAUCCAGCCGGACCUGUACAAGAAGAAGGAGACGGUGUUCUUCCAAUCCCGAGAGGCGCGUUCGUCGAGCUGCGGCUCUCCUUCCGGCUCCGGCGGCUCUGUGGCCUCUAAGUUCGGGAGGCUCCACUUCAGGCUCAAGUACGACUUCGACAAGUCCGACCUCGUGGUCCACGUCAUCGAAGCGAUGGAGCUGGGCCUGACAUCCGGCAACGGGUUCCAUGACCCGUACGUGAAGGUGUCCAUGCUCCCCAAGGUGGACACCAAGGAGCGGCAGACGCUCAUCCGCCGGAACUCCACGGACCCGCUCUUCAACGAGACCUUCAAGUUCCCGGUGUCCUUCGACGACCUGCCCCUCAAGACGCUCCUCUUCCAGGUUUUCGACUACGACCGCUUCUCCAGGAACGACGUGACAGGAGAGGUGCGCGUUCAGCUCAGUGACGUGGACGUCACCACAGAGACAGAGGUCUGGUGCGACAUCGAAAAGGUGGAGAAGGUGAAGCGCGACUGGCCCGAGGUGCUGCUGUCGCUGAGCUUCCUGCCUUCAGCCGGCCGGUUAACGGUCGUCGUGCUCAAGGCCUCCAACCUGGUGCCGGAGACCAAGAAAGAGAAACCCGACUCGUACGUGAAGGUGAGCCUGACAUGCGGCGACCGCAAGGUGAAGAAGCGCAAGACGAGCACUAAGAAGGCGAGCGGGCAUCCUGUCUGGAACGAGGCGCUCUGCUUCGACGUGGGCAGCGCCGAGCAGCUGGCCGAGGCGCACCUGGCCGUGGCCGUGUGCCACCAGGGCUCCAACGCCGCCAUCGGAGCCUGCCUGCUCGGUCUGGACGCCGACCCGGCCGCCCCGCAAGCCGCCGCCCACUGGCAGGACAUGCUGGCCAACCCCAGGAAGUCCAUCGCCAUGUGGCACUCGCUCCGGGUCUAGGCCGCCCCGCCGCCACCUCGAUGGCCGGAGCACGAGCUCUCGGCCCUUUUCAAAACCCCGUCGGGCAACGUUGGCACUCACGUUUUCUUGGCCACGAAGGGUCGGAUUGGAUCAGAGUUAGUGCCGCACGCUGAUGCGGUGUCCGAUAGAUGCGUGCCCAAACAAUGGCGACUCGGAUAAUUGGCCAAGCAAGCAGUACAUGGCGCCCACCUUUGAAAACUAUAGCGCUUGUCAGGGAUGGCGGGUGAUAGCCCUCGUUAAAGGAGACUUCCUGGUAAUGGUGCUUCUCGAAAAAGGAGGAUGCCAACACUCGUGCUUGCUGGAAACGGCUAUUACUAGCCUCUUGGAGAGGAACGGCACGAAAAAAAUGUUUGUGCAAAAUUGCAUCCGUAGCAUUUUGCAUUGGAGCAAAACUGCUCGAUAAAUAGUGUAUUUUCUAACCGAGGCUACAGUAAAUGAAGUAUUCCUUUACGCU